GAAAUCUGUCAAUAAUAAAAGCAGAGAAGGCUCUUAUGCCGUUACUGAAGCAGGAGUGAGAGGAAGGCAAGGUUAUGCAGACGGAGCACACAUCUCUCACCACAAUGAGCUCUGCUGCCUUCUUGCUCUUCAGCCUUUUGUGGACUGCACAACUUGUCACCUGUCAUAGGUUCCUGGUGACAUCUCCCAUUGUGUUCCACAUUGGAGUAAAGGAGCGUGUGUCCGUGCAGCUCGACCAAACUCUCUUCAACACGCCUGUCACUCUCUACUUGGAGCAUGAGACUUCUGGUGAACUGAUGUCUAAAAAGGAACAGGUUGUGUUUAACAGUGGGGAUGAAGGGAAAACCAAGACUGCUGAGCUUGAGGUGAUGAAUAGACCCUCACGCUUGAUAUCAGCUAAUGGAGAGCCGCCAUAUCUGCUGCUGGUGUGUGAAAUCCAAGGAAAUCCAAGGAAAAGCACCAGGGUUCUGGUGUCCAAACAUAAAGGUUACGUGUUCAUCCAAACGGACCAGCCCAUCUAUAACCCCACUCAGAAAGUAAAAUACAGAAUAUUCACACUAGACCACACAAUGAGGCCUCAUGAAGAGGUUCUUUUCGUCUCUAUAAUUAAUGCUGGAGGAAAUCGAAUUAAGCAUUUUACAGUAAAAUCAAUAAAUGGAAUCAUUUCAAAGAACUUUGACAUCCCUGAUGUUUCAGAGCCUGGACUAUGGAGGAUUAGUGCACACUAUGAAGGGGAUGAGAAAAAGGCUGCCACUCGAGAAUUUAAGGUCCAGAAGUUUGUUUUUCCCAGCUUUGUUGUAUCCAUUAAACCAGAGAGAAACUUCUACCUGGCCAACUCUGAGAACUUCUUUUUUUCCAUUGAGGCUAAGUAUUCUUAUGGGGAGAAUGUGGACGGAGCUUUCCACUCCCGAUAUGGAUUGAAAGUCCGAGGAGAAGAUUGGUCAAAAGAAGAGAAAGGUGGACAGAAAGAAAUAGACUUUAUCAAGGGCAUGGAACAGACAGGGACGAUUAAGAAUGGGAAAGCGCAGGUUGUGAUCUCAAACUUUGAAGAGCUCCUUAAGGCAAAGAACACAUCAACACAUCAACUGGCUGAAGCAGAGGCAAAGCUUUAUAUCGCCGUCACAGUCACUGAUAUAAAAAGUGGUGAGCUCCAGGAGGCUGAGGCUACUCUUCCCAUUGUUCUCCAGCCAUACUUGGUGGACCUGUCACGGGUCAACUCCCACUUCAUCCCUGGCCUCCCCUUUCAGCCAGCUGUUGUUGUCCAGCUUCCAAACGGCUCUCCAGCACCUGGGAUCCAAAUGCAGAUUAAAGUGUCAGGAUCCCAAGAGAAACAAUGUGAGAUAAAAAGUAAUAAUGAUGGAGUUGCAUAUUGUGGUUUUAACAUCCUGCCUGAAGCAGAUUCCAUUACUAUUAAAGUUACUGUAGAGGGCGCAGCUCAUGAGAAGAUUGUGGCGCGUGCCUCCUCUCCCAGUGGCAGCUUCCUGUAUCUCAGUGCAGUAAACAGUGUUGUGAAGAUGGGAGAGCCAGUUAAGUUUCAGUUCAAAGCUAUCAAUGCAGCCCCAGCAGAUGGCUUCUUCUACUAUCUGAUUAUCAGCAAAGGAGAACUCAGACGUUCAGGCUCAGAGAGGGCCACAUUGCUAACGCAAGCACAGAUAUCGAUCACCCACGACUUGGUCCCAUCGUUUCGUCUCGUCGGCUACUUUUACCACAGCAAUGGUGAAAUAAUAUCAAACUCAAUAUGGGUGGACGUUGAAGAUGUGUGCCAAGGAAAGAUUGUAUUGUCUCACAGUGGACAAAAGGCAGAACCAGGUAGAUCUACCAAAGUGAAGAUUGAUAUCGGGAACCAAAAGGCUACUGUAGCCCUGCUGGGGGUUGACAAAGCCAUCUAUGGCCUGAAUUCACCCAAUAAACUCACUCCCAAACAGGUGUUUUCCUCUAUGCAGUCCUAUGACUUGGGAUGCUCGUACGGUGGAGGUUCAGACACAGCUAUGGUCUUCAAUCAGGCUGGACUCUCCUUUAUCUCCAGUGGCAGCAUGGCAUCUCAGAUGAGGAUUGGGUUCAGCUGUGAAUCAGGAUUCAGGCGAUAUAAACGUUCCCUGGACCUGCAGAUGAAAAUGUCAGAGAGAGAACAGCGCUACAGCGACAAGAGGCUGCAGACAUGCUGCCACAGUGGGUUGGUGCAAAUCCCCAUGCAAAUGUCAUGUGAAGAGCGCGCCAAGAGGGUUGAACUGAGGCACGCUAAGGACUGUGUGGAUGCCUUCCUUGACUGCUGCCGUGAGGGCAAAAGGCUAAGAGAGCAGAAGAUACAGGAAGACAAGCGGAAAGGAAUUGGCAGAACUGUUAGUGUUGAAGAUAUUGAGGAUUUCUUUGAUAAUGAUAUGCAAAUGAUUCGCCAGUACUUUCCUCCAAGCUUUGGUUUUGUUGAAAUACCUGUGGAUAAAGCGAAAGAAUAUCUGUUGAGGAUGCCAGAUUCUAUCACAACAUGGGAAAUUCAGUCUGUCAGUCUUUCUCAAAGCAACGGUAUCUGUGUAGCAGAACCUUUGGACAUCACGGUUUUCAAGGAUGUGUUUCUUUCUUUGAGAUUACCUUACUCAGUGAAGCGUUUUGAACAGUUGUCCAUCCCAGUGGUGGUUUACAACUAUGGAGAGACGUCUAGAGAAUUUGCUGUUCACAUGAAGCAAGUGGAUGGACUGUGUUCUCCUGCUGCCAAAACAGCCAACUCCUAUCAGAACAUUAGUGUGGAAAACGCAUCUUCCCUCGUUGUCACGUUCACUGCGGUCCCAAUGACACUGGGCUCAAUUCCAAUCAUAAUUCAGCUUUAUGAUCGAGAACAUGAGCUUGGUGUGGAUGCCAUUGAGAAGAUGCUGUCAGUCAAGACAGAGGGAUUGCUGAAGAGAGAGGAAGAGACAUUUUACCUUAACUUAAAUGAAACGUCCGAGAGGAGUUUGACCAUUCCGGGGCAUUUUCCAAACAGCACCAUCCCUGACUCUGGCACCAAUGUCUUUGUCAAGUUAGAAGGAGAGGUGUUCGGCCAAGGCACCGCUGUGCCCAUGCUCUCCGCCUCCAAAGUGAAGGACCUGAUUAACGCCCCAAUGGGGUGUGCUGAGCAGACCAUGAUGCUCAUGUCCCCAACUGCCCUCUCUCUGCGCUACCUGGACCAUAGCAACCAUUGGGUUCAGCUACCACCAGGGAAAAGGGAUGAGGCCAUCGAUUUUAUUGAGAAGGGUUAUGAAAGAAUUCUGACUUACAAGAAACACGAUGGAUCAUACGGUGCAUGGCUUGACUAUGAAAGCAGUACCUGGCUCACUGCCCUUGUGGUGAAAGUGUUGUCACUAGUGGCCGAGCGUCAGACAUACGUCACUGGAGAGCAGGGAAAACGAGAGAGAGUGAUUACAGUAGAGGACAUCCAGCUAUCUGUUCAGUACCUGGUGGACGUGCAAAAUCCAGCAGUUGGCUCUUUUUCUGACCCUAAACCAGUUAUUCAUCGAGAAAUGCAGGGAGGGAUUGGAGGUGUGGAGGAAGAGGUGUCACUGACUGCGUUCAUCACCAUCGCCAUCAAUCACUCUCUCCCUUUCCUGACAGAAGCAGGAAAGGCAAAGGCGGAGGCCAGCAUCUCUAAAUCUGCAAAUUACCUUGUGUCCCGUGUUGGUGACCUGAAGAGACCUUUUGCCCUGGCCAUCACAACCUACUGUUUAUCUACUUGUCUUCCUGACCGCACACUGUCACAGUCUGCUUGGGAGAGACUUAAGAGUAUCGUCACAAAAGAGGGAGAAUGCAAAGUGUGGCGUGCAAAUUUUGAGUUGGAUGAUAGAGGGCGCCAUUAUAUUUCUGCCGAGGCUCUGACUGUGGAGACCACUGCCUAUGCACUAAUGGCUGCUGUGGCGCAGAACGACUUUUCAUGGGCAGACGAUGCGGCCUGCUUUCUGGCAACCCGGGAGAAGUACAGUGGGGGCUGGAAAUCCACACAGGACACCAUCGUGGCCUUAGAGGCUCUUUCAAUAUAUGCUAUGAGGAGGCCUAAGUCUCCCUACACUAAAAUGGCAGUGUUCUUCCAUGUCCCGGGAAAAAGUCUGAGUGAGUCCCUUGCCAUGAGUGGCAGUAGCCUUCCUGUAGAGGCAGACCUGAAGAGGUUAGCUGGACAUAGUAUAAGUGCAACGGUUAAAGGAGAGGGCCAAGCCAAAAUGAAGGUUGUGAAGGUCUUUCAUGUCUUGGAUCAAGAGAUGAGCUGUGAUGAUGUCUCUAUCAGUGUGACUCUAACAGGCAAAUUGGACUACACUGAGGAGGUUGUUCAGAAUUACAACUAUGAGUAUGCAGACUAUGGAGAUGAGAGACGUGAAGAGGAGGAUGCUCCCCGAACUGCAAUUGAAUGGUUUGAUGCUCGCAGCAGACGGAAAAGGGACACGAAACAGAGUGUGAACUCACAAGAGAAUGUUAUGUACACUGUUUGUGUAAGUUACAAUUUGGAGCGGAACCUCACAGGAAUGGCCAUUGCUGAUAUUACACUACUAAGUGGCUUUGAAGUUGAGGUUGCAGAUCUAGAUAAGCUAAAAGAAGGAACUGAUCAAUACAUCUCUCAUUACGAGGUCUCAUACAACAGAGUGCUCUUGUAUUUUAAUGAGAUUCACGGUGGCAGGGAGUGUGUCUCGUUUGGAGCCAGACAGGUAGUCCCCAUAGGCCUGAUCCAGCCUGCCCCAGCAACGUUCUAUGACUACUAUGAGCCUGAUAGGAAAUGUAACACAUUCUACUCAGCACCAAAGAGAAGCAAGAUGAUAUCCAAGCUCUGCUCUGAGGACGUCUGUGAAUGUGCUGAAAGACCAUGUUUCAGAGAGAAGAAAUUUUCAACAGAAAAUGAGAUCAAGAAGUCCCACCGUUUCAAUCAUGCUUGUUACAAUCCAGUCGUGGAAUAUGGUUACGAAGUCUUCAUUAGUUCAACCACGCAGAAAAGCAAUUUUGAGCUCUACAGUGGCAUCGUAAAAAGCAUUUUCAGAGCAACUGGGGACCUGUCAGUGGGUGUGGGAGACACCCGUGUGUUUGCCAAGAGGAUGCAGUGUAAAGAAAGCCUGGAAGUGGGGAAGACUUACCUCAUCAUGGGCUAUGACGGGACCACCAAAAACGCACAUGGACAAAUGCUGUACCUACUGGAUUCUAGAACAUGGGUUGAACAAGAGCCUAAUGACUGCAGAGCAACAAAGAAAAGGCAGUAUUGUAGGGAAUUUAAGGAGUUCAUAAAAGAAUAUGAGUUAGAUGGUUGCACUCUGUAAUCUGCCGAAGGACACAACCUUAAUAUCUUAUUUGAGUUUUUGUUAUUUUUUUUUUUGAUAAUAGUGUACAUCAGUAUCCUCCUAGGACAAUAUCCUACUUCAACUACUUCCUACUACUUGUAAUGUACCAUAUAAUAUAGCCUACUUAUAAAGAAUGUAGAAUGGCAAAA